GUCUCUGUUAAAGCAUUGCGCAUGCGCUGAGCAGUUCAGUUUUGGCGUCAAAAAUGUUCCGUUGACAGGGUCAUUUUUGUACUAAAGUUCGAUGUCUCUGAUCCGUUAGCCUAGUUAGAGGAGAGAAGGUCCUGUGUAGUUUUUGUGACGCACUUAACGGCGAAGUCUGGAGCAUUUCAAAAAGACUUAACAACGGAUAUGUUCAAUAUUGUAUAGCUAACAAUGCUAAACAAGCCGACGUUUUGCGUCUCUUUUGGGCGAACGUGCCACUGGGUUUCACGCAAAAUUCAUUUAGUUAAGUCUUCAUCACACAUCGGCUACUCGCUGUCAAAUGUCUACUGUGGAAGAGGCCGUUGCUCUCACGUUAAAGGGACGCGUGAUUUCAGUUCUCAACCACACAACUCGAAGGUGCCCACAGCUGCAACUUGGGAGCCGAUAACGGAGGACCAGUUGCCACCGCCAACGCCAGUAGCAGCCGACCUGGUGGACAAACUGGAGCGUCUGGCCUUAGUGGACUUCCGCACCAAAGAGGGACUGGCCUGUUUGGAGAAGGCCAUCAGAUUUGCAGCGCAGCUUCAUGUUGUUGACACCUCAGGAGUCGAGCCGAUGGAUUCAGUUCUGGAGGACAGGAUUUUGCAUUUGAGGGAGGACACGGUGUUAGAAGGCAACCAUGCAGAAGAACUUCUGCAGCUCUCCAAAAACACAGUGGAGGAAUAUUAUGUGGCACCACCAGGAAAUAUUCCCUUACCAAAGAGGGAGGAGCGGACUGCCAUGCUGAAACAUUCUGAAUUCUGAAGAUUUGGAACUUGUUUUUCAGACUAAGGAAUACUGUCAUCAUUAGCUUUGAUUUAUUUUCUCAGUACGUCGAUAUAUGAAGUUGGUCACGGCUAAUAUGAUGAGCUGGUUGUAAUGC